AAAAGGAAAGUCAGAUUCUUAUACAGCUACAAAAAAUGAACUUAUCUGUUUCAUGAUGGUGGAAAAUUUAUGAAGACACAGUGUACAUUUUCAUCACAAUGGAGGGGAUGCUGUACAUGUCAACUUAUAUUAUUAGUAUUAGUGCAACAAAAAAAAUUGUGAAAUUAUUAAUAAAGAAAACAGCUCAGAGAAAAUCUCAUGUACGAUCAACGGUGUGAAGUUAGACUAGGGACUGCUGACCACUCACAGGUUUUCUACAAUUGCCAAUAUAAAUUUAUUGGAAUACAAUCUAUUUUUUAUUUAGGUUUUCAAACUAAUUUAAUAAAAGUUAAAAAAUCAAAAAGUGGGAUAAAAUUUGUUGCGUUCAUUUUAGUUUUCAGAAAUUGUCUGAAAGCUAUUUACCAAAACUGUGACAAUAAUACGAAUGAGUAUUCAUGGAAAUUGCAACAAUAUUUUUUCUGUUAUGUCCUGUUCUUUUCUUUUGUUUGUUUUGGUGAUGUUAUUGUUCCUUGCUGUUUCUUUAAUUAACUUUCAUAGAAAGAUAUAUUUUUGUCAGCCCAACCAGCUUUUUCCUCAAGAUUUCUAUGAGUAUGAUUUAAUAAUCAGUUAUAUUAUUUGAUAAAUUGCCUCUACAAAUUUUUGAUUAUAGUUGUAUAAUUAAUAACAAAAACAUUCCGGUAGCUUGAGCAUCUCUGAUCACCUUUUAUCUUUCUUUUCUGUCAGACAUGUUUCUGUGAACUGUCAACUCACCAUUGUCUUUGAUUUCUGCUUUUGGCAAUAUACUAAAUUGUCUCCUGACAUACAAAACCAGUAUCAAGUUACAGUUUCAUAGCAUACCUCACCUCUUUCAAAAUGUUAAAACUAUAGCUUAAAAGUAUUAAAUACAAUGUAGGUUCUAACAUGUGUAGAAUUUGUAAUGCAAUUGAAAUUGGAGGGUUUUAUAAUGUUAGAAAACAAUCUUAUUUCUCAAGCUGAAAAUAAAUAAAAUGUUGGUGUAUUCCAAUUGUAUAUACAUUUCUAGAAAAAAAAUUAGUAAUAUUUAACUCAGGCAGAAAGCAUACAACCAGUAAGACUUCUUAAAAUGUGCAGCUGGAGCAAAUAUAAAAGUUAAUAAAAUCAUAUGAAAGAAAAACAUUGCAAUUAGUAUUUUCAAUCACACCAUCUUUCACUCUUACAGGAAUGAGCAGGAUUCAGCUAAAAUUCAAAAAAAUUUACAAAACUUCACUACAAUGAUCCCUUCCAAUAGACCAUAAUGGCAAGAACACAUAAUUUUGCAAGCCUUUUGAUCCUCGGUCAUUUUUCGAAAACCAUUUAUCAAAUUUAAGAUGGACAACACGAUAUCGCCUGCGAUGCAGAAGAAACUUCAAGAGAUAGCAGAAUUACAAAAUAUCCUCACAAACAAAUUGAAUGAAUUUGCUAAAUUAAACGAAAACCCAAAAGAGAUUGAGGAAGAAUCAUUAAUUCUAAGAACAGAACUGGAAGAGAUUAAGCAAAUAAGUAGUACAGACAGUGAAGAGACUGAUCGAGAAAUUGAAGAAAAACUCAAAGUCGUGAAUGAAAGAAUAGAAAGGAUCGCAAAAGCUGCUAUUAAAGCUCAGGCUGAAGCAGUGAAAAAAUCAAAAAAACCAUUGCAAGAAAUGAGGGAAAUAGUCAAGAAAAUUAUUGCUGGAAUUCAAGAACUGGAAAUAAGUCUUGAGCUGAAAACGGAUCUUAUCGAGAAUGCCACUCUCUUCUUGACCAUGGCCGAGCAGAGAGUUCAAAGUGUUAAAGAGUGCUUGACUUUUCUAGAAGAAGCACUUAAGGAAUCAAGUCAAACAGAACAAAUCACAAAAGAAAAUUUGAACUUUAGAAUAGAUGACUUUCUUAAUACCAUGGAAUCAUUAUAUCCCUCACAGGGCAAAAAAAUUAAACCAGCUGGGAAAAAUAUUAAAAAGGGUCAAAAGCAUUAACAGAAAACGUUAAAUUACUUAAAACGGUCCAUUUUCUUUCCAUCUAUCCACAAUUCUUCAGAAUUUUGUGUUUCCUCAUCUUUUAUUAUAAAAACUUAUUGAAUUUGACUUUGAAUCUUCAAACAGAUGGACUUCAAUAGAAUAAUAUAAAAUGUUCAAGGCAAUAGAAUUUUUAUAUUCUAAUUAAGAUCAAAGUUUCAGUACGUUUUAAUGCCCAACAGUACUCAGUAUGUUUCAUUUGAUUUUAGUUUGCUUUAAAUAAACUAACUUAGAGAACUCUUUUCCUCACAGAAGAUGGCGCAAAGUCUAAAUGUGUUUACAUAAAAUCAUAACCCACAAGAGUAGACAAGUGAUCAAGUGCCAAUCUGUUCGAAUAAACUUUUCAAGUUUAUUUUUAAUAAUAUGAGUACAAAAUAUACAACCAAGAAGAAGUUUUAAUACGGACUGUGGAUGUUUUGAAAGAGAUAAGAGGGACCAUCUACAAACUCUGUCUGAAAGUCGAAGCAUUGGAACUGGCAGACGAUAUGAAAAAAGUUAUUAAGGAUGCAUCUUUGAACUUUCUCGCCACAGUUGAAAAAAGGAACCAAGAGUUGGACUUGUAUUUGAGAGAGAUGAAAGAAAUGAUGGUAGAACGAAAAGAAAACAAUUUGUCUAAAUGUACAAAAUCGAGUCUCCAAACAAAAAUUGCUAACAUCCUUCAUAAAAUUGAAUACGCUUAUGAGAUGAAAAGAAAUCAAGAAUCAGAUCAAGUAACCACUGAUGCUAUAUAAAAAAUAAAAGCAAAUAUAUUUUUUCUUAUAUCACUCAGACAA